CACAGUCACAUAGCAGUUUAGCAUUUAGCAUUUGGAUCAUUGACACUUCCUGCUGGAUCAAUACGUUUGUUGUUUUCUUUAGCCUGCUGGGAAAAGGACUGACAGAGUAAAACAACCUCUGUCACUGCCCCCUGGUACGCCUGAAACAUGGCUCAAAUCCAGAGCGUGCAGAAGAAGACCAGCACCAUGUCCCUGACCAUCUCCUCCUCCUCGUCAUCCUCCUCUCGAGAGCUCUCCUCCUACUCCUCCACCGCCUGCUCCUCCUCCACCGUCCUCGCUCAGAGACACUCCAGCCUGGUGCAGCCGCUCAGUGUCAGCCCUCAGAGGACUCAGAGUCCCCUCUACAAUCAACAGUACUCAGGGAAUGGAGUGCCCCCUACGUUUGUCAAGUGCCUCCACGAUGUCUCCACGGUGAACGGCCAGCUGGUGGUCCUGGAGUGCAGACUGAGGGGGACUCCUCCCCUGCAGGUCCUGUGGUACAGAGAGGACGAGCAAGUGCUGGACUCGGAUGAUUUCAGGAUACUACGCAAGAAGGCCAGCUCUGCAUCUGUGCCCGAGGAGCUGUGUACAUUGGUGAUCACAGAGGCCUUUCCAGAAGACUCCGGCCUGUUUAAAUGUGUGGCCCACAACCCCUUCGGCACAGUCUCCUGCUCAGCAAUGCUGGAAGUUUACAAUGACCUGGAGGAGCAGCUGGAGGUGGAGGCUGUUUGUCAGCAGGAAGCGGUUUCUGUCCAACAGCAAAAGGAGGCGGCGUUCCAACAGGAGACUUCCUCCUUCAGAGAGAGCAGCGAAGACUUUCCAUCUGAGCUGCCUGAAUCCAUGACCCUCCCCCCGCCUGAGUGGCCGGACAGCUCUGUGGAGGAUAACGUCCCUACUGCAGAUCUUCCAGAGCCGCAGCCGGCCAACCACUCCUCUGAGGACCCCUACGGUGGCAGCAAGGAGGGAAGUGCCCUGAGCUCAGAGGACCAAAGGUCACCAGAGGUCACUGUCCUUUCCUGUACGCCCAGCCCUCCCCCUCCACCCUCACUACCACCACCAGCCCAAGUGCAGGAGAAAACCCAAACACCCAAGCUGUUCACCCCAAGCAAGCUCAGUUUCACUUCCUCCCAGUCAGGAGGCAACAACAUGAACUUAUCAGACCUGCCCACCUUCACUCCCAGCGUCUUCCCUCCCAGUGCCUUUAACUAUGAGCGACCGAGGCAUUUCAUCCAAUCACAGCCGGCCUUCCAGGCACCCAGCUAUGAAAGUGUUCUGAAAGAGGCCCAGGAGAACCAGAAUAACUCCCAACAGAACCUCAGUAGCUUCCAAAAUAGUCCCAAUGUUAUGGAGACACAGAGUCAAGCUAAAAUGAGGUCUGCACAAAGCCAGUCCUUCUCUCAAACUCAGUCCAUGUCCAGGUCCUUGUCACAGACCCAGUCUCAGUUUCAAACACUAAGCCUCAAUCAGAACCAAACCCAGUCUGCCCCGCAGCCACAGAUCCAGAGUCAGAUCCAGAUCCAGACCCAGGCCAACGGCACAGCCAAGUCCUCUCCCUCCUCAUCAAGUCUCAGCUCUCCGAUCUCCACCCCGGCUUCCUCUUCUGCACCUCCUCUCUCCUCCGCUGCCCCCUUGCUUAGUCCCUCUGCCACCACCGCCUCUUCCUCCUCUUCCCCUGCCUCCUCAUCCUCUCUCCCCCGCACCACCAUGCGUUCCACCAUCACCCUUACCCCCAGCAUCCCCAGUGCCACCGGCCUUGGUAGCGCCACCCUGCCAGCCAAUCAGGACACCAUGUCAGCACCUGCUGCCUACCUCUGCUCCGUGCUGCCCUCCCAGUCCGCCUUCUCCCCUUUUUCUUCCUCCAAGCUGUCUCCCAACUCCAACCGUCUCCAGCCCUCCAUCUCUCCCUCCCCCGCCCGCUCCCCACUUGCCCCCUCCAGCCCUCUCCUCCCCAUCAGGACCUCCUCUUCUCCUUCAUCCCUCCCUCAGCAGCCUCUGCCUGUGUCCCCUUCCCUCCCUCACUCCCCUCUCUCUCCUUCCUCCUCCUCCUCCUCUCUCCCACAGCCAAACACUCCCAAUGGUCAGAACAGAGUGCCGCCUGCUGUGGUCUCUCUGCCCGCCAGCUACAAGGGAGGACCAAGCAUCCUUCCCAAACCCAUCCUGAAGAAGUCUGUUACUCCUCGGCCUUCUUCUGCUCGCUCCACAGAUGAAGACAUUCAGGGCUCCAAAGACGCCCUCAUUCAGGAUCUGGAAAAGAAGCUGCGCUCAAAGGAGGCCCGGAGGAGAAGCAACCAGAAACUGUCCUAUGAGGAGCGUAUGGCUCGUAGGCUGCUGGGUCCAGACAACGCCAACUACAUGUUUGACCAAGACGGUCUUUCAGACUCACAACUCGACCAGCCAGAGUCACCAGAAGGAAGACACACAGGUGGACUAUGGGGGAGGCGCCACUCAGGGACAGAUAGGGGAAAUGAGGGCUCAGCUAUCCAGGAGAAAUGUUACGCUCCUCGCUUUCUGCAGAUCCCUUCAGACCUCACUGUAGAGGAGGGACGCUUCUGUAGGAUUGACUUCAAGGUCGGAGGACUGCCUACUCCAGAUGUCUGCUGGUACCUGGACGGUAAAGCCAUUCGUCCAGAUGACUACCAUAAGAUGCUGGUGUGUGAGAAAGGGAUGCACUCAUUCAUCAUAGAGAUCGUCACUGUGCACCAUGCCGGCGUUUAUGAGUGUGUGGCUAGGAACCGAGCAGGGGAGAGCAGAUUCACCAUGAAGCUCGAUGUAUUAGCCCAGGAGGCUCUCCGUCCUCCCACCUUUGCCCAGAAGAUGUCGAACUCCAGAGCUUUAGAGGGCGACACUGUCAGGUUAGAGUGCAAAGUCGACGCUUCACCUCCUCCGCAGCUCUUCUGGAAGAAGGAUAAAGACAUGCUGCGGAUUGACCCAAACAGAAUGAGUCUGUAUCAGGACGGUUCAGGCCGGCAGUGCUUGUUGAUAGAGAGAGUGAUGAAGUCUGAUGCUGGUUGGUACACUCUUUCUGCCAUCAAUGAAGCUGGAAUGUCCACAUGCAACGCCAGGCUGGAUGUCGGCACUCGCACAGCCCCGGCCAUGAAAACGGCGCCCCCUGGCUCAAAGACUUUGACGCUUCUGUCCUCUCUGAGCCACAUGCCUUCUCUGACUGUGGAGAGCCCCGCCCAGCACACGGCCCCCCUGUACGAGAGCGAAGAGCUGUAGAGCCACACUGAUCCUCAGAUAACGAUAGCACAACUCAGAGGUGUAAAACUGGACCGCAGUCUGUAUUUACUGUCAUUUUAAGGCAGACCUGGCUACUAAUCAUGCUUUGGUUCAGAUUUACAGCAUCGCAGCAGAACAGGACACUGAAAUUUGAGGCUAAUCCAGAUCAAGUUAUUUAAACAACCAACAUUUACAAGGCUGAUAAACUCUACAAUCUAAUUUCAAAUUUCUCAAAGAGCAGCCACAUUUUUAAGAUUAAAGUGUAUUUACAGAAGAAUGUUUUAAUUACACUAUGAUAUGGUAGUUCAUUGGAAAAACUUUAGAUUUAUCUUGCAAAUACACUCAAAGCAACCCUCCUUUCAUCCAUUAGAGGUUACGUGUUACGGAAACAACAACCCUAAGCAUAAGGAGCAGUCGGUUGCUUCUUGGAGAGAAAUGUUUCCAUAGUCAAGUGCCUUCUAAGCUAAAAUAAUCACACCUCAUACUGUCCAUCUGCUGCCGUUUGUCACCGCUGUGCCUGUCCUUUCUCUGUCUGCUUGUUGUCUAAGGCUGCAGAGCUGAUGUUUGAUCCAUGCCUGUAAGCCUGUCUUCAUCUGCCUGUCUGCUCCGCUCUCAGAAUGGUGUCUCGGUCACGGAUGUAUUAAUAGACCUGGAUACGGCACAGCAGAGUCGGUCAGUUUUAUCUUAGCAGCCCACUACAAUAUUGCAAACACAAAAUUAACUCCAGUACCCACAAUCCAACACUGCCAACAUCCAACACUGCACUUUAAUUCAGUCUCCGGCUCUUCUUUCCUCCACUUUGUUGCUAUAAUGUUUUUGUGUUUGAGCCUCCAAAUUGAAGUUGUUGUCCUUGAACUACAGCUGCUGUUGCUUCUGAUGACGUGUGUGUCUGUAAAGCUCCGUGUACUGGAAUAGAUUGUGAUCUCAGAUGUCACAGCUGGUUACUGCUCAGAUUCUCUGCUGUGGUAUAAAUUCAGUCUAAUAUGUGUUUUUAAAGUUGGUUUCUAAUAUACAGCGUAUGUGAAUGAAGCUAUUUAUUUGAACUGAAGUUAUUAGUUAUCAGUGUUGGGGUUUGCAGUCGCCCCUCUCCUGGUCUGCAAAAGGCUGCAACCAGAGGUAUAUCAUAUCAGUGAGUUGGGCAAAGAGCAACGGGCUGCCAUUCUGAUACCCAGCAUCUACGACUGAACACAAAACCUCAUCUGCACUCAAAGGUACACUCAGAACUAACUCACUCUGAAAAGUUUACAUUUUAUCACAUCUGCAGUGCAGAUAAGACGUGUUUUUACAAUUUAUUCAAGAGGAGAAAAGCUUUUUUUCUCCUUCAGUGCAGGCAUGCAUCGUUGAUUCUGCACGUUCAGUUGAAAAGACAGUAUCAGUAUGUCAGCCGUGGCUAUCUGCCACGCUCUUCAUUUGUGACCAGAGCCUUGCAUAGAAAGAGCCAUCAAAUAGAGCCUUGAUCUGCCUGUUAUUUUCACUCUGCUUGUUAUUGCCAGCAAAGAAGCACAAAAAAAAGAAAACUGGUACUUUUUGGCUUGAUCUGCAUGCAAACAGAAAAUCCGGUAUUUAACCCUGUGUAGCCACAGUUCACUCUGAUGCCCCUAUAUUCCUGAGAUUUAGGUCACAAGAUGAAAGUCAGGAUAAAUAUUACAUUUUCUGCCUCAAAUUCUAGUUGGGCUUCAUUUAAAUAUUUAAACUGCCUUUUACUCAGAACGAAUGGGUCUAGAUAAUGCAUUUCUACAGUUUGUCCAGAUGUUCGGAUCAAACAGGGUUAAACACUGGAUUUGCUUAAAGCACCAGAAGAGUUUCGGUAACUUUGGCCCCCUCUGUUAUGAUUUUAAACUGCAGGUAGUGGUGUGUAUACUCCCCAAUUAUUGUUUGUUGUGUAAGUUCUACAUAUCACUGGAUGAAUGAGGAAUAAAGUUAAUGUGACCUUGA